AAAAAUCAUAAAUAUAUAUACAGAAAUAUAUAUUAUAAUAUACGCUUGUAUAUUUUUGAGAGAUGUUGUCGAAUUCGUUUAACCAAAGUGCGCUGAACUAAUAGAAUUAAAAAUUAAUAAGGCCGCACAAAUAAGGAAAUUGCUUUUUAAACUCUGAACAUUCAAACCGAACGGAAUGCCGCGCUUUUAGAGCAUAUUGCGCAUACGACACGUCGAGCGCCAGGAUAAGUAAACAUAUUGUUGCGAAAAAAAUUUGUACGUGCAGCUAUUCGAGGACCAUAAAUUGUUUUUGUUGCACAUACACUGUGUGUGUGUGUGUGCGUGUGUGUGCGCGUGUGUGUGUCUACUCUGACUGUGUGUGACACAUUGUAAAUAAACGCAAAUAACGGCAACAUGGAUAUUGUCAUACGUGAGGAGGAGCUAUCGCUGACGCAGAUUGGCGUAUAUGCCUCUGUAUCCUUUCUGGUGGUUUCUGCGGUGGGCGCGGCACUGUACACCACCUGCUCGAAGCGCUAUCGUCUCAACUGGUUUGAGAAGAAUCUACUGGAAUCGGCCAGCGAGAAGGAUGAGGAGCAGCAAAGCCGCGAGGCGCUGGUUGCCGGCGCCGUGGGCUACAAUGUGGACAAUUUGCAUGAGGGUGUGCCGCGUGGCAAGCUGGGCCACAAUAAUGCGGGCAACCUGAGCCCCACUUCGCUCAAGUCGGAGGAUGCCGAUCCGGCCUUUUGGGUGCCCGCCUCGGUGACCUCCUCGACGGCUGCCGUUCAGCAGCAGGUCUCGAAUACCACCGAGGAAUCGGCACCGCCCACGCCCACGUCGCCCACAGGCAGCCUAAAAUCGAACACACUCUCCCUCUGCUCGACCACAUCGGUGCCCAUUGCCCGCUCCGAUAAGCAUGUGGUGCUGGCCAUGCAUCCCAGCCGUCCGCGUGUCUCCUCCAUGAACGCCAAGCUGGAUCAUACCAAAAUCGACAUGACUCUGUACCGCAGCCAAGCGCAGCCGAAGCCCGUGUGCCCAGCCGCGCCCAUCAACGAGGUGCGUGGAAAUCUGCACAUCUGCCUCAGCUAUGAUCCGGUUGGCGGCCUGCUCAAUGUGCGUCUCCUGGAGGCACAGAAUCUACAACCACGCCAAUUCAGCGGCACCGCCGAUCCAUAUGCCAAGAUACGCUUGCUGCCGGACAAGAAGAACUUUUGGCAAACGCGCAUUCACAAGAAGACACUGAAUCCAGUUUUCGAUGAGCACUUUGUAUUUGAGGUCACCGCCGGGGUCAUCGACAAGCGCAGCGUGGAAAUUUUACUCUACGAUUUCGAUGCAUAUUCACGCCACGUUUGCAUUGGCGGCACCAAGCUGCAUUUGGCCAAUUUGGAUCUGAGCGAGCAGCUGAAACUCUGGACACCGCUCACCUCGGCCUCGGCACAGGACAUGAAGGUGGAUCUGGGCGAUAUAAUGGUCUCGCUGGCUUAUCUGCCCUCGGCGGAGCGUUUGAUGGUGGUGCUAAUAAAGGCACGCAAUCUACGCAUUGUGGACGAUGCACGCAACUCCUCGGAUCCGUAUGUGAAGGUGACUCUGUUGGGACCGGGCGGCAAGAAGCUAAAGAAGCGCAAGACGGGCGUGCAGCGCAAUACCGUUAAUCCGGUCUAUAACGAGGCAUUGGCCUUCGAUGUGGGCAAGGAAACGCUCAAGAAUUGUGUCCUGGAAUUCAACGUGGUGCACGAUGGCCUCCUCGGUUCCAGCGAAAUACUGGGUCGUGCUUUAGUUGGCAACUCGCCUGAGGUGCAGCACGAGGAGAAGAUUUUCUUUGAGGAAAUGUUUCGGGCCAAGAACGCAACAGCUCAGUGGGUAUCGCUGCAGGAGCCGGCCAACAACUUGAGUGCCACAGCCAAGACAACAACCAAAAAUUAGAAUCCACAGAAGGCGCUGUGCUUGGCCUGUUAAGCUUUCUGUUAAGCUUAACAGACAACUGUUGCGCCUAGCAUUAACAGAGCAGAACCCCCCCCCCCCUACAUGACCAUCCUUAAACCAUUUCAACAAGGAGUUCAUGUGGCUAAGAAAUUUUCUGGGAAUUUGCAGGGAUACAUUUAAGAAGGAUGCUAUGCGCGUUUGCAAAAUAUUCAAAACUAUACAAAUACAUAAAUAAAUAUAAUUAUGUGUAUAUACAGUACGAUCUCGAUAAGACGAACCAGGCGUUAUUCGCAUUUGCGAAAAAUAUAUGUGAAAUCUAGAAGGAGAUAUAUAUACAUAUAUGCCAAAUUAUAUAAAUUUCAAAUAUUUAUGCCUUAUCAUUCAUUGAAUUGUUAAUUUAAUACAUUAUUUUCAUUUUAUAUAUUUAAAUCUGUUAAAUUCAAACUUAAUUUUUAUUUUGAGCAAAAUAAUAUCUAAAAUUUACGAGCUUAAUGAUUCCUGCUUUUAUUAUAUCGUUUAUUUUGUCUAUUCUAGUAAUUAGUAUAUCGAAAUUUAAAAACAUUUUACGAAAAAUAAUAUCGUUUGCCACGCUGUUCGCAUUAACGAGAUUGUACUGUAUUGACAAAAUUGAAAAACCCAAAAACUAUUAAACUAAAUGUGCUUUGCAUUAUAUCAAUUACAACUUUAAUCAAAGAAUGAAAAAAAAAUCUAUAUAUAUAUAUAUAUAUAUUCAAACAUAUAUUGAAAAAUACUUAUAUGUGCUAUGUGUAUGUCAAGAGGUACCUAAGAUGCAACUAUAUGAUUUGCAGGCUAUGUCAAAAGUAUAUAUAUAUAAAUAUAUAUAAUUGAAUAUAUGAGAUGAGGGCUAUGAAUGAUAAAAUCUAUUUAAGUAGAUCAUUUUAGCUCGAAUAAACAUAUAUACAAAAUAUUUACUGCUACAGUUAAUCGAAACCUAUUGUAGAACAACUUUUCAAAAAGAAUAUAUAUUUGGAAUAUCCUAAAACCUGUAAUAUGAAGGGUUUCAGUACACAAAGGGCACAAGAGUUGAAACAAAUCCUAAAUGUAUUUUAGUUUUUGAUGUUAUAACACAGAAAAUUGGGCAGAAAUCGAAAUAUUCGUAUAUCUUAUAAAAUAUCGUUAGUUUUUGAGACAACAAGUCAAUAGAUUAGUUAAAUAUAUCGAAUGCAUUAUAUAAUCAACCAGCAUGU